AUGUCCAUUCAGCAAUACCAGACGACCAAACAAGGUGGACCAUUCGCGCUGGUGACAGCGCCCAAACCUAAGCCUGGCCCCAAUGAAGUUUCCAUCCGCCCAAAGGCUGUGGCAUUGAAUGCCAUAGACUGGAAGAAUCUUAAGUUUGGUGCUAUUGUUAGUUCAUGGCCAGCUGUGCUAGGUAUUGAGGGCGCUGGGAUUGUUGACUCUGUCGGAGAGGACGUAACGGCCUUCAAGACGGGAGAUGAGGUCAUGAGCUUUGGACAUGGUAUUGUGGGCAACGGUACGUUUCGGGAAAUAUAUACCGUACCUGAGAACUUUGUUGUCAAGAAACCUGGUAUACUUAACUUCGAGGAGGCUGCCUCGCUCCCUAUCUGUUACCUCACCGCAGCUGCCACCAUUCGCGUCGGCCUCAAGAUACCUCUGCCAGGUCUCUCAAAAAUCUCUAUCAGCAACAGUAUCCAGUCUGCUCUUGUUCUCGGCGGCAGCUCUGCUGUCGGUGCGGCCGCCAUUCAGCUGCUGCGCCUCGCUUUGCCACAUGUGUUCAUUAUCACGACCAGCUCGGUUGCCCACCACGCUCACCUACAGUCCCUCGGUGCAUCCAAGUGCCUGGAGCGUGGCGCACAGGAUGACAGUACCGUUCUCAAGGCUAGCACGCCCUACGGAACCGGUGUAGACGUCAUAAUCGACGCUGUCGCUGCCGGCGCGUCUUCGCCUGCUGUCUACCAGGCCUUCAGAGUUGAUGGACCAAAGCUUUACUCUCUGGUUGUCACAGGUCCUCCUCCGAAGUUCCCGGAGGGUAUCCAGGGUGUCCUGGUCGGUGGGCAAGACAUGUUGGACGCUGAGCCAGAUGCCAUGCCGUAUUUGGGUAAACUGGUGGUCGAGGGCAAGUAUAAGCUGCCGUUGAAAAUCGAGGUGGUCGGUAAAGGAUGGGAUGCUAUUGAUGCAGGAUUAAAACGAUACCCUGCUGGUUAUAGUGGUACAAAACUGGUCGUUACCUUGUAG